AGGUUAAAAAAUACUCAAUAAAUAAAAGAAGUAAUAUUCUUAAUAUAUAUGGAAUAUCUCAAAAUCCAGAUACAAAAGAAUAUAUUAUGGUUCUCCAAUAUGCAAAAGAAGGCAAUUUUAAUUAUUGGAUAAAUAAAAAUUAUGAAUAUUUUAAUUGGAAAGAUAAACUAUCUGCACUGCUUAAUAUUGUUAAUGGUCUUGAAGAAAUUCAUCAAAAUAGUAUAGUUCAUCGUGAUUUUCACACAGGAAAUAUAUUAUUUUUAAAUAUGGGAUUAUGUGGAGAGGUUGGUAAUAUAGAUGAAACUAAAAUUUAUGGAGUUAUGCCUUAUGUGGCACCUGAAGUAUUAAGAAGAAAGCCUUAUAUUAAAAAAUCAGAUAUUUAUAGUUUUGGUAUGGUAAUGUAUUUUGUAGCUACUGGAAGACAACCUUUUUACAAUCGUGCACAUGAUCAUCUUCUUGCAUUAGACAUUUGUAAAGGAGUUAGGCCUGAAAUAAAUGAACCAGAAGCGCCAAAAUGUUAUAUUGAUUUAAUGAAAAAGUGUUGGGAUUUAAAUCUAAAUAAUAGACCAAAUAUUUUUGAAGAAUUUGCAUUUAAUUUAUAG